GUACAUAAUCACAGAGUGAAGAGCUACCAUCACUUGAAUAACAACAUCACUCCAAUCCCUCACUAACCAAACAGCAUCACACAUACCCCUACCACCCACCAUGGCACCCCCAGACUCUGGGAAAACGGCGUCCUCACGCCUCCUCACCAUGAAGUUCAUGCAACGCGCCGCAGCCAAGCCGUCCAACAAGCCCAGCAGCGCCCACAACAGCGAGCCCAGCACGCCCACCGGCCCGCCCUCCAAGCGCCAACGCCUCUCGCAACAAGGCCAAGAGUCAGCCUCGACGCUCAGCGCCGUGCAAGCCGCCCUCGCCGCCGAAGAAGCCAAGCGCAACGCCGCGCUCGACCGCGCCGCCGCCGAGGCAGGCGAGACGCGCUGGGUGCUCUCGUUCAGCGCGCCCGAGGCCGAUGCGCCCCGCAACGCGCUGCGCGUCGUGAGCGCGGGGUAUGGCGAGCUGGACGGGGGCGCGUAUAACGACGAGGACGGCGACGGCGACAGGGACAUGGACGACGAGAGCGACGAGGACGAGGCCGCCGCACCGCUCGUCACGGGCCGCAUGUCGUUUGGGCGGAAGCCGGAGCCAGAGAAGAAGGCCGAGAACGGGGAGGCGAGCUCCUCGGACGAGAGCGAGGACUCAGAGCGCGAGGACGACGAGGACCCCGCUGCGCGCGAACAGCGCAGGGCCGAGGUGCGCGCGAAGCGCGAUAAGAAGCGGCAGGCGGAGAAGGCGCGGCUGGCGCAAGCGGCGCGUCAGCGUGCUGGAAAGGUCGUCAAGCUCAAUCAGCUGUCGAGUAUUUCGAAUUCUGGUGGCGGUGGCAGCCCGCGUGGCAGUGGGCCAGACUUGUCUAAGACAGAGUGCCAUUCGUGUGGGAAGAAGGGGCAUUUGAUGAGGGAUUGUCCGGGAAGGAAGAGAGGGCGGGCGAGUCUGGGUUGAGCUAUGAACUCCGUUUAUGCGGCGCUUUGGGCUGGGACUUGAGACUUGGGAUUGCUGAGUGCUAGAAUUGGGAUUGGGGCAGCAGUGGUGCGCGAGCGUUGGUCAUGAUGUUGUUUGCGCAGAGGGAGCUUGCAGGUGCAGCGUUUGAGCUAUGCCGCGCCCUGACAGAAGAGGCUGCUUGUUUGCAUAUGCAGGUGGGUAGGCUUGCCCAUCAUGCUAUCUGCAUCUAUGGCGCUGCGAGGACGGCAGCAGGACAUGCCAGGGCAUAGGUAGGGAAGCACAGAUCAGACUACGGGAUCGUCUGCUAGCGGACUAGAUGACGCUAUUGCACGCAGCCAGACAGACAGAGAAUAGCGCUAUAUACACACACGAAGAGCUAGACGGCGCUCUCUCCAGGAGUACCAGUUUAAGGCUCCGUCAGAACAAAAAAUAAACUGCAACAGAACCAAACAAUCAAU